AUGGAAUUUCCGUCAUUUGCAAACAUGUUCACUGGAAUAGUAGAACAUAUGGGCACGGUUGUUGAAAUCCAACAAUUAGAUACUUCAAGUUCGGGUGGUGGUGGUUGGUCAAUGAAAGUUGGCGAUUCUGAAAAUAUUCUUGUUGAUUGUCGUCUAGGUGAUAGCAUUUCAGUAAAUGGAACUUGUCUGACUGUAACAGAAUUUGAAAAAUCAUGGUUUAAAGUUGGACUUGCACCGGAAACACUUAGAAGAACAAAUCUUGGUGAUUUAAAAGUUGGAAAUAAUGUAAAUUUGGAAAGGGCAAUUGCAGCAAACGUAAGAUUUGGUGGACAUUUCGUACAAGGACAUAUUGAUACAACUGCAACAAUCUUAUCCGUAACGCCAGAAGGAAACUCUCUUUGGGUCAGAUUAUCACCAAGCGAUAAAUCUUACCUUCGUUAUAUUAUUCCAAAAGGAUAUAUUUGUCUUGAUGGAACAUCUCUUACCAUCUGUGAAGUCAAUGAUGAUGAAAGUUGGUUCAGUAUCAUGUUAGUGGCAUAUACGCAAUCUCACGUGAUCAUGCCGACAAAGAAGGUUGGCGAGAGAGUAAAUGUAGAAGUAGAUAUGCUUGGAAAGUACGUUGAAAGAAUUGUCGAGCCAAUGCUUUUUGGCGAUGAACAAAAAUCCGGUGGCGGUUAUGUUGAGAAACUUGUCAAGAAUUAUUUAGAGAAAAGAUCAAAUGCAUAA